AUGGUAACUCCUUUCGGUGUGGAUAGUGCAGGAACUUGGAAAGCUUGUGGAGUCAAUGAAAUGAUGCGAUUUAACAAGUACCAAAUCGGAGAAUAUUUCAAAAUUCACACUGAUGGUCAAUUCAAAAGAAACAAUAAUGAAAGAAGUAUCUAUACCUUACUAAUUUAUUUGAAUGAUGAUUUUAAAGGAGGAGAGACGCGAUUUUACAAUGAUCCAGAGAUGAUGGAUGGAAAUAGUUCCUCCUACUAUAAUCUCGUUCAUACUGUGAAACCUAGCAUGGGUAAACUUGUUCUAUUCAAUCAAGAUUUUGCCCAUGAAGGUUGUUCUGUUAGGAAGGGAACCAAGUUUAUUCUUAGAACUGAAAUAAUGUAUUUUAGAGUGGAUGCAAGCUCAUGUCCAAGAGAUGACAAAUUCGAUCAAUCAGAAAUCUACAAGAAAAUUGAGCAAUUAUUGAGGAAGAGUAGGGAACAGGAAAAGAAUGGCGACGUCAUGGCAGCUUCAAAAAGUUAUAGAGCUGCCCAACAGUUUCUCGUUGAAAGUGGCAAGACAUUCGAAUAUCUAUUGAACAGACCACAAGAUGAAUUGAAAAGAAACACAUAUGAAAAUCAAUUCGAACAACUUCCAGAUGAAAUACUCGCAAUUAUUUUCUCAUAUCUGAAGGAAAGUGAAAUAUGCUCAUUGAUUUUACCAUUGAAUAGAAAUUUGAAUCGUGCAGGACGAUCAUCACAUGUAUGGAAACCCAUCUAUCAGAGAUAUUGGACUGAUACUUCUUUUAACUCAUUUUGGGAAGGGAAUGACUUUACAGAUUGGUAUUACUGUUGCAAUAAUAUUCGAAACUUCACAGAACGCUUAUUUUCACCACUAUGUAUUGAUAUUACAAGUGAGAUGACAUUCUUUCAAUUAUUCAAUGAGAAAACACCUCGUUCUGUUGAGCCAUACUUUUUCAAACUUUUAGAUCAUUCAGAAAUGCAAGUUUACUUUUAUCUUGGUUUGAAUCCUGGUUCAACUUUCUUAUUUAAUUCAAUGUACAAAAAUGAUAGAUAUCACAAAUUGGACAGGAGAGAAGAUGUGAAUGGAUUCUUUUCUGAAAUUUAUUCGAAAGUUCAGCUAUCAAAAGGUCAUUCACUGGUGAUUUCAAUUCCUCCACGUUUUCUCAUUUCUGAUUACUUUUCAAAUUUCAGUGAUUAUGUUCUUUAUUCUAGAGUGCCUGCGUGUUGUUUCGUAUCUAGACAUGUCAUGCUAGCUCACUAUCAUAACACUCCCAAUUGCAUUGUAAUAGAAAAGGAUGUAGGUGACAUGAAUUGUGGAGUAAAUGUUACAAUUAGUGUUGUUUCGAAUAAUCAAUCACUUGCUGACGAUAUCCACUCAUUCAGUGCUCCAAAAUUAGAAACCAUUUCUACAGAAUGUAUUGACCUACUGCCAAGUAUCAUCACGAAUGAAACAACCACUCACCUCAUUAUUGUGAAUUUAGAAAAGGAUUUUCUUAUUUCCAUUCAGAAAAUCCUUUCAAAUCUCACCAUCAUUGAAUCUUGUGAUGCGAAGGAAGCAUUCUUUGGAUGUCAAAUAUUUGCUUCUCGUGAAGAUUUCAGAUCAUUUUCAUCGUUUCAUAAUCCUUGGAAGACCAAUCAGUCAAAUCCUUAA